AUGUCAGAUAAAGGGAACAAGCCAAAAGACUUCGAUGGAACGAGGUCAAAAUACAGAGAAUGGAUCUACAAAUGUCAUAUAUACAUUCUAGCCAACCUGACCAAGUAUGACACGGACAUGAACAAGACACUCAUGGUCCUAUCGUAUAUGAGGGAAGGAACAGCUUCACUGUUUGCACAAAAAUACUACUUCGACAGAGAACUUCGGGAGUACAAAGCAACGGAAACCAAAAAAACAUGGGGAAUGUUUAAAGACUUCUUGAAAGAAUUAGCCACCGCAUUCAAAGAUGAAAGUCUCGAACAGAAGGCGAGACAGAAAUUAUUCACGAUGAGAAUGGGAAAGCGAUCAGCAGACAAAUUCGUCACGGACUAUCUCAUGACGGCAGGAGAAAGUGGAUUCGAUCUCGAAUCUACCGUUGAUUAUUUCCACCGAGCCAUACACUUGGAAAUCCUCAAACAAAUCCACAGACUCCCUGAUAUGCCGACAACCAUGGACGAUUAG